UGACACCUGUCUCUGUGUUUUGUUUUGUUAUUAUAAAUUAGUUGUUGAUGAUAUGUGUCAAACUGACAUAACUAAAAGCCAAUAUGCAAAGGACUAACUAGUUGUUGAUGUAAAAUAAUAUUUUGUCAGUCUAUAAUUAAAAAAGAUACUUACAUAUUUGUACUUACGUAAAUAUUUUUUUUAAACACUGUAUAUUUGAUUCAAUGUAUUGUAAGGAUGAAAUAAAUUUAUUGUAAUAAAUCAUCCAGAGCAGUUCGAGAGCAAGUUUACGUUUUCAAGUUAGGUUUAACUUUAGUUUUCAACCAUGUCUCAUUCACCUGUUAAUGAAUGCGUUAAGUAUAUUAUAUGUCGAGACGCACGUAAGGUACCAAUAGACCGAAGCGAUAUAAGGUUACAUUUAAAGCAUUACUUCUAUGAAAAACUUACACCAAACGAUCUAAGAAACAUAAUAUCAAAAGCUGACGAAAUUUUAAAUAAGGUAUAUGGCUACAAAUUAGUACCAGUAGGUCCGAAUAAUGAUAAAUACAUAGUUACACUUAAAAAAGACGAAAAGAAUGCUAUUUUAUCAACAUACAUUAACCCACAACACAGGAAACUCUUGAUUGCAACCCUAACUCACAUAUUUAUGACAGCCCAACCAGUACCAAGUGAUGACAUGUGGUGGUUUUUGACUACUGCACAGUUGAUGACCAGAGAAAAUGAAAAUGAAGUCAAGAAGCUUCUGAUGAGAACUUUUACUCAAGAAUUGUAUAUAAAUUAUAAUAAGAAUGAUGACAAAUUUGAGUGGGGGCAGCGAGCUAAGAAGGAGAUACCAAAAAUCUUUUUACUAGAAAAAAUGGCUCAGGCUUUUGAUAAGGAGCCUUCACACUGGACAGAACAAUACAGAAAGGCGAUGGAAGAAGCGAAUAGUGACGAAACCCUCAUAGAUGGCAUGGAGAUAGAAUAAAAUUUACACUUGUUACUACUGUUAUAAACCAGUUUUUAUUAAUAUUAAAUCUCCAUAAUAAUUGCA